AUGGCAGACAUCCGCAAACCUCAAGAUAAGCCCACGCACCGUGUCUCGACCAAUGUCAACUACAACACCGUCAAGCCAUUAGAUCUCCCGGGAUGUUCUCUGCCAGCCAUCCAUCGCACUCACUCUGUAGGCUCAGCCUCUGUGGCGUCGACAUCACCCAGUUGCACUCCGUCUGAACGCGAGUGGACAAGACUGCAUUAUUUCCUUGAUCGUCUUAGCUUUUUGGCUGUCACUUGCUCAAAGGCCACUCUCCAAGCUAUGCUCGACAAAGUCAGGGUUGAAAAUGAACAAUACGAUCGUCGCGCCAUGGGAAGGGAAGACUACAUCCGUCGCCUUAAUGUGAGGUCCGAACCAUUCUCGAGCGCAGAGUAUGAGAUGGUUAUCCUCCACCCAUCCCAUUUUUUGCCCAUCGGCUCCGGCAUGCUCAUGCACGCCCCCGAUCCUCAAAAUCGCCAUCGAUUGGUUCGAAUCGUGUACACCAUCAGUCCGGAUGGUGCUUUGCGCCAAGAUGAAGACGACAACUCUCAACGAUUUUCUUCUUUCUCGCCUUUCCCGCGUCCGGAAAGCAAUCCGCUCAACCCAUUUCUCGUCGUCCUCAACGCCGAUAUGGCAUUCCGGCGAUUCGAAAGGUCCAAACAAUUUUUCGCUACGACUCUCUGCCAAGAAUAUCAGGACCUUGUUGAUUUGACCACUCAACUCGCAGAUGCCAUUUACCAUUCGGUCAUUGUUGGUCGUGCCCUUUACGCGGCUGAGGCAGCUCAAUCACUGGCGAUCCAGAAGGAGGAAGGAAAGAAAGGAAAGGAAAAAGCGGAGAAGUGGGAUGGUGAUGGCGAUGUGGAUAUGGCGCCUGCCGACGAAUUCGGCGUCAAGACUGGGGCAGGUGACAGAGCGUCCCUCACUCCAAAGGGAAGAGGUGGAGGGGGGACCCGUGCAGGCGCAAGCUCCUCUCGAUUUGUAGCGAGCAUCGAAAAGCCUGCACCGGAAGCCUCGCCAGAGGACGUCAAGGACUAUUGUCGCUUUCUCAUCUCAGGUCGAGAUCGACCUCUCACAGCGGAAGACAAGGCAAUUCUUGCUUCUGUGGGCGUGAUUUCUUCCAACGACAAGUCAGAUUCAGAGGGCAGCGAUGCUGAUUCAGAAGAAUCGCUCGAGUCUGACGAUGAUGACAAUGCUAUUCCACAAAGGCCCCACGAUGGCGCACUCGAUACGGCGACAACUCAGGAGCGGGUUUUGCAAUGGCAAGCAUCAUCCAUUGCAGCCUGA